GUCGGGCUUGAGCGACAGUCCGCUUCCGCUUCGCAUGUAAACAGAAGACAAUGGCCGCCUCCGUCGAGAGCUUGCUGGAAAAAAUCUCCGACACAGAAGACCCGAUUGAAGAACUCCAGUGCCUUAAAACUGCACUUUUAUCCAUACCCGUGAGCGCCUUGAGGGACUUUGUGAGCGGGCACCGCUUCGAAGUGAUCUUCUCUUUGUUAAACUCAAAUGAAAGGGAGCAGGUGGAGCUGUGUGUGGACAUCCUCGAACGCAUCUUGGCGGCCUGCAGCCCCCAGCAGGUGGUCCAGAACUACAGAGCGGAGCUGCAAGCAGGUCUGACGCACCCCAACGACACCGUCAAGAUUCUGGCUUUGACCCAGGUGGGUAGGAUGGCAGAGCACCCGGACGCCGCGGUGGAAAUCCUCAACAGUCGCAACAUCCUUGGGACUGUGAUCCACUCGAUUGCAGAGGAGAACAUGGUGGUGGCUAAACAGGCCAUCCAGUCCCUGUCCAAGCUCAGCGGCACCAAAACCGGCCUGGAGAAACUUUUCCGCAGUGACUUGCUGAGCGAUCUGAAGGACGUGAUGACCACGAGCGACGUCAUCCGGUACAGAGUUUAUGAGCUGGUUGUGGGGAUCGCGUCAGAAUGCCCACUUUCGCUCGGUUACUGUGCCAACAGCGGGAUAUUGUCUCAGCUGCUCACAGAACUCACAGGAGGCGAUGUAUUAAUCAGGGCCACGGCCAUUGAGAUGGUGACCACUGUCGCCCACAGUCAACAUGGCCGAAAGUACUUGGGACAGGAGGGCGUCAUGUGCAAGAUUUCCAACAUGAUCAAAGAAGCAGACACAGAUCCUUUGUCCUCCUUGUAUCUCCCAGGGCUGGUGAGGUUUUUCGGCAACCUGGCCUUCGUGGACGGUCCCCAGGUGGUGUGCGAAGACUACCCGGUCUUCCAGAACAAAGUCUUUGAGAUGGCCAUGGACUCGGAUCCCGCGAUGGUCGGCGUGGCUCUGGAUACGUUGGGGCUGCUGGGCUCGACUGUGGAAGGGAAGCAAGUGCUGCAGAAAACAGGUGAUACAUUCAAGUCAGUGUUGAUAAGGAUGAGCCAGCUCGCAAGCGCCGGUGCCACCGAGCUCCGAGCGCGCUGCUUGGAGGCCGUAGCGCAACUCCUUACUUUAAGGCCGGAGGAGCAGACAGAAGAUCUGCUGGCGCUGACCGAGUCCUGGUUCCGACUUUUGUCCAAGCAUCCCAUCGACAUGAUUCGCGACAUCAGCACUCAGCCCUUCCCGGAGCUGCACUGUGGUGCCUUACGGGUCUUCUCUGCCAUAGCCGCUCAGUCGUGGGGUCAAAGGUUGAUGGUGAGCACGCCCGGUUUCAUGGAGUUCAUCCUGGAUCGUUCCACCGGUCACAGCAAGGAGGCCAAAGACGCCAAGUUCGAACUGGUGGGCUCGCUCUUGAGUUCGUCGAGCGCAGCGGAGGUUCUGGGCAGCCAGAAUUACAUCGCCCUGAAGAGCUACCUAAGAGAAGGACCUUAUUACGUGUCGGCGGUGGCCGCAGUCGGCAUGGAAGGAGCCGAAUGACGCGUACCGGCCCAGAUGAUGUUUACGCACGUGUGCCAUGUCAUAAUAAACUUGUUCCCGCCAUAAAAAUGACUUAACACUGCUGGACACGGUGUUAUAAAAGCUUCACAUUCACUUCUCAUCAGCACUUAUUGAAGUCAUUCAAAUUAACUGAUAGAAAAUUGAAAAUAAAUUAUCCCAUGAGACCACUUUCGCCAAUCAAUGAAAAGUAGUGAUACCAGGCAGAUGGGUGAUGCUAAAACAAAGCGCUUUUGAUUUUCCUGUUUACUGUGGGUGGACCAAGCAAAGUUGACAAGGUUUACUUUGAUUUAUAAAAAUAGUUCUGGAGGAGUUCUUCAAACUUGCGCUUAUUAGAAUCUAGUGUGAGCAAGUCCUUCAUGAGCGUUGACUAACGAUGUUUCUGCUUACUGAAUUGAGUUCCUGUUUAUUUUUUCUCCUAACUAAAGUGGUAGAAAAAAAGUUGCUGUGUUACAAUGAGCCGUUUAUUUUACUUACACAAAGCGUAACAUGCAUUUUAUCAAAGUGUGCACGUGAAAAAAUAUCAGUAAAAGACAAAUGAAUGUUAAAUG